AUGUUCCCAAUUCUUUUUCUCUCCUUUUCUUUUCUUCUCUCUCUCUCUCUCUCUCUCUCAGUGUCUCUCUUUCUCUCUCUCUCAAAUAUAUUCUUAUCAUUAAUUUAUACUCUCAUUUGGUAUUCUUCCUCCACCUUUUACUUUUCUCUUCGUCCUUUUCUCAUCACCUCUUUAUUCCCCCCUCAUCAUGCUUGUUCUUCUCCCUAUUAUUACUCCCCUUUUUUCUUCUUCUCACCUCUUCUUCAUUUUCCUUUUAUCCUCCUCCUUUUAUCGUACACGUUCACCUUCUUAUUCUUCUCCUCGUCCUCCACGUUCCUCUCUCUAUUGCUGCAUCCACUUCUUCUCGCCUCCUCUUACGCUUUCACCUCCUUAUUCUACUCCUCCUCUUCCUUGUUCUUCUCCCUACUAUUACUCCUACUUGUUUUAUUUCUUCUCACCUACUUUCCUCCUUACUUAGCAUUCUUUUACAUCUUCAUUCUUCUCUUUCUCCUCCUCGUUCUUCUCCUUAUUGCUACUUUCACUUCUUUUUUUUCACCUCCUCUUACUUUUCCCGUCCACCUUUAUUUCCUUAUUGUUCCCCUCCUCCUCCUCUUCCUCCUUGUUCUUCUCCCUAAAAUUACUCCAACUUUUCCUUCUCCUUUUCCAUUUCUCCUCCUCCAUUCCUCGUCCACCUUCACUUCCUUAAUCUUCCUCCCCUUCCUCCUUGUUCUUUUCCCUACUGCUAUUUCCACAUGUUCUUUUUAUCCUCCUUUCUCCUCCUCGUUUUUCAUUUCCUCCUCCUCCUCCUUCACCUCAUUAUUUUCCUCCUCUCGUCCUUGUUUUUAUUUUUAUCCCCCUGCUCCUCCUCCUCGUUCUUCUGUGUUGCCUCAAAUGUACCUCUCCAUUGCGCUAAAUGAGGCAAAUCCAAUUUAUGUGGUGGAUAUUCGAAUUCCCUCGACACAAAAUUUGCGUUUUGCUGUUGUUCGAUGUCAAAUAAGCCUCGACAGUUCACAGAAAACAUUGUUAACUUUUUCUAUUCUUUGGUCCCAGUUAAGAAUUGACCAACUAGUCGUUUUAAAUGUGCAAAAUAUUCAUCUAUGA